GUCGGUCUCGCGCAGAGGAGCAGGAGGGCGCGCGCAUGCUCGUGCACGAGGCGGAAUGAACGCUAAUGUGGAAGAUGGCGGCGGAGGGAGGUGGGAAGGAGUCGAACGAAAUUAAAACUCAGUUCAGCACACGGGAGGGCGUCUAUAAACUCCUGCCGAACUCCGAGUACAGCCGGCCGAACCGCGUGCCCUUCAACUCGCAGGGCUCGAGCCCGGUGAAAGUCUCGUUCGUGAACGUGAACGACCAAUCCGGUAACGGCGAGAGAAUCUGUUUCAGUGUGGGCCGGGAGCUUUACUUUUACAUUUAUAAAGGCGUCAGGAAGGCCGCUGACUUGAGCAAACCCGUAGACAAGAGGAUAUAUAAGGGAAUCCUUCCCACGUGUCACGACUCCAACGUGCUGACCGCCACAGCGGAGAGCGUCUCACUGCUGGUGGGCUUUUCUGCAGGGCAAGUACAGCUCAUUGACCCCAUCAAAAAGGAAACCAGCAAACUUUUUAAUGAAGAUAGAGUAAUUGAUAAGUCCCCGGUGACGUGUUUAAAGUGGGUGCCGGGUUCAGAGCACCUGUUCCUGGUGGCUCACAGCAGCGGAUGUUUGUACCUGUACAAUGUGGAGCACACCUGUGGAACGACUCCGCCGCAUUACCAGCUCCUGAAGCAGGGCGAGAGCUACGCCGUUCACACCAACAAGAGCAAAUCGGCCCGCAAUCCUUUCCUCCGCUGGACGGUGGGCGAAGGCGCGGUCAACGAGUUUGCGUUCUCGCCCGACGGGAAGUUUCUGGCCUGCGCCGGUCAGGACGGCUUCCUGCGGGUCUUUUGCUUCGACUCGGCAGAACUGCAAGGCAGCAUGAAGAGCUACUUCGGCGGGCUCCUGUGCGUUUGCUGGAGCCCCGACGGACGGUACGUAGUGACCGGCGGGGAAGACGACCUCGUCACGGUCUGGUCGUUUUCGGACUCCCGGGUUAUCGCUCGCGGACGAGGGCACAAGUCGUGGGUGAGCGUCGUGGCGUUCGAUCAUUGCAUCACUAGCGUUCAAGACUGCGAAGCGCCGGCGGAGUUCAGCGCGAGCGACGAAGACUUCCAAGACCAAGUGCAAUUCAAUGGAAGUCGCGAACGCGCAAAUAGCGCGCAAUCUAGACUAUCAAAUAGGAACUCUACGGAUGGACGCGGCGUUAGCGUGACGUACCGGUUUGGCUCGGUCGGUCAGGACACCCAGUUAUGCUUAUGGGACCUUACAGAAGACAUCCUGUUUCCAUUAUCCAGAACCAGGACUCAUACGAACGCAAUGAGUGCAGAAACCAGUUCUAACGGAAACAAUAGCACGAAUUCUCCACUACCGCGCUCGAAUAGUUUGCCACACUCGUCAGGCAGCAGCCCGAACAGCCAGAAACCCGCCAGCAGCAUCGUAGACAGCGUCAGCAAGUUCGCCACGCUAGCUUUGCACGAAGCGCGUAAGGAGCCGCCUCAGGAAAAGGAGCACAAACGCAAUCACAGCAUGAGCUACAUCAGCAACAAGAGCAGCGACAAGCUCAACCAGAUCAUCGGUGCGCGAGCGGCUAAAUCGCACGCCGCUAAGACGCUGGGAACGAGCUCGUGUCCGCGCAUGGAGGAAAUCCCGCUGCUGGAGCCGCUGGUUUGUAAGAAAAUCGCCCACGAGAGACUCACCGUGCUGAUCUUCCUUGAGGACUGUCUGGUCACUGCCUGUCAGGAGGGCUUCGUUUGCACGUGGGCACGGCCCGGAAAAGUGGGUCUGUUGUUGUCCCAAAACCCAGCCAACUCUCCCAGCGGGACGGUCGUAUAACCGGACCUUCAGACGCAUUAUAUCUUUACUGUUCACACUGAAGCCUGUCGAGAUCAUAUUUCACUUUAAAAUCAACAAAGAAAAUAUAUUUUGCAUAAACAAAAUGAAGCCAUUUAAAUUGUAUGCAUUAUUUUCAUGACAAUUAAACACGUCUUCAGCCAAACUCUAAUUACUGUGUGAAGUACAACCGAGUUUAAUUAAAAGCAAAAUAAUUGGAUGGUUUUCACUACUGUAUUAUGAUUCUUUUUUUCACGUUACAAUAAGCUACUGUGUGCAAUUGUCUUGAAUACAAUAAAAACGAAUGUUCAUUUGGGGGGAAAUA